AUGGCAAAAAACACUUCAGAAUACAGUCACGAACAAAAGCUACAAACUAUCAUUCAUUUUAAUCAUAACAUUCGUAGUCUUUUACAAAGUAAUGUCAAUAAUUUUCUCAAGUUACGUGAAGAGCUUCUUACUAAUACGGGUAUUCAAGAUUUGACAGCAUUCAAAGAUAUUCUAUCACCCUUGAUUAACGAACCACGUAUUGAACCAUUAAAUUCGUGUAUUAGUUCUAAUAAAGUCCAAUUGGUGCUUUGUGGUGAAAAUUCAAGUGGUAAAACAGCAUUUUUACAUACUUUUUUAGGCAUCGGUAAAAUGCUACCAUCUGGUGAUGGUCCUGUUACAGCACGAAUUACGAAACUUACAUAUGCUUCGAAUGAACAAGCAUGUAUUCGCAUUCAUAAAACGCUUCGAGAUCAGACACUGAUCGAAGAUGAAGUUAAUCUUUCGUCUUUUUUUGCUAGUGAAAAACCAAAUUGGAUGCAUAUUGGGCGUGCUCUUUCAAAACAUGUUAAACGACCAGAAGGCAUGGAUGCAGCGUCACCAGAAUUUGCAGAAUGGGCACGAUGUUUUGUAGAAAUUCAUAUUCCAUCAUCAACACUUGCUUUGGGAAUUGAUGUGUAUGAUACACCUGGUUUUCUUUUAGAUGAUGCUCCAGUUCUUAAAGAAAUUUUACGUGAUCUGGUUGAAUUAAUUCAUCCUACAAUUGUCUUUAUGUACAGUAAUCCAUCCACUGACGAUGGCACAAAAGGUUGCUUUCUAGCAAUGAAAACUGCCUUGUAUGAUUUAGAUACUACUAAUGUAUUUUUUCUGAACUCAAAAGCAGAUAUAAAUCUAAUGCCAAAAUUCAAACAAGCUAUGAGCAAAGAAGAAUUUCUUACUAUAGUAGCAGAUGAACGAGUUCAACGUUAUAAUUUAUUGUUACGUGCUCCUUUUCUAGUCAAUGAUAGAUUAGAAGGUUUACCUACAUCAGCUGAUGAAUGCCAUUGUUUUGACUUGUGUAGUGUCAAUUCACAAUCGAUUAAACCUUAUGGUCCACUAAUUAAUGAAAUUACUAUUCAGCAUAUUAUCCAAUUUGUAGCCAAUAAUGAUUUAGCCGUAGCGACACGUGCAUGUAAACUUAUAUUACCCAUCAUUGAUGCAUUCUUCGAUCUGUUACGUUCAACAAGUUAUUUUACAUCGGAACAACUAUUACAAUUGCAAUAUGAUGCUAUGAAUUGGGAAAAAACAUAUUUUCAAUUAUACACAAUGAAUACAGAACGAUGUCUAAAGGAUUUAUUUUCGAAUAUUAUGCAACAAUUCGUUAUAGAAGAACAAUCAAUUGUACAGGUAUUGUUAAAUGGGUCUCGAGACGCAAAUUUCUUCGAAAGUACAAUACGAACAGCCGUACAUCUUCAAGUUAUUAAACCAGCCAUUCGUAAUACUAUUCGAAAAUUUAUGGGAUAUUUAUUUGAGCACAUCGCAUCAGACUGUGAUCUAACACGAGGUGUAGCCUUUAAUGAAAUUUUGAUCAGAGCAUUAGGUAGGCAAGAAAUAAGCGAUUUCGCGGCUCUCUUACUCGAUAAUUAUUCAAACAACACUAAUGUUAGUGCUGGUAUAUUAUAUAUGGUGAACACAAUUUCAACACCGAUAAUACAAUGCACUUUAAAUCUCACAAAUUUGGAUUUUUCGAAUACAACAGUUAGUGAGCUACUUUUAUUAUACACAAGAGAAUCGUAUAGAAACAAAAAUGGCGAUUACAACCGACAAGUAGAUAGUAUUGUUCAUGAAUAUUUAUUGAAUAUGCAAAAGAUAAUCAAAAACCAACAAAAUACAAUGUAUCAAGCAGUAAGACUAUGGGGAGAUCAGCAACAAGCUAUUUUAAGAUCACUUAUUGAAGCUCACUAUAAUACAGCGUACCCUCAACUUAAUUUUCAUGAAGCAACGUUCAAAGGUUUAGAACAAUAUAUUUGCCAUAUUAUUGUCAUCGAAUGUGAACUUUGUGCAGCUCGAGAUAUGGCGAAAUUUAACGGUAGCAUACCUGAAAUUCGUAGUGGUGAUUCAAAAUCGACUGUGUUCAGUAUAUUUACAGCCGACUGGGGCAAUGAAAAAAAUUUAAUUGUGAAAAGACUUAGUCGAUCUUUACGUGAUCAAUCAAUGGUAGCUUAUUACGAAGCACAUUAUCAUCGCAAAGUAGCUAAUUUACGUCAUCCAAAUAUAGUUAAUCUUCAUUAUCUAUACAAGUAUCGUCUCGAUAAUCAAACUUCUGAAUUAUGGAUGAUCUUCCCGCCAUUGAUGUCUAGUUUGGAACAGUUUUUACAACAGUUCCCAGCAUCACUAUCGAUCGCAAUGGUUCUCAGAUGGAUGAAUGAUAUUGCUGAUGCACUUAUAAUUUUACACGAGAGUGAACUUGUUCAUCGAAAUGUUAUAUUAAGUAACAUUGUCCUCACUGAAGAUAAACGCACUCUACUAAUUGAUUUGGGCGAUUGGUACGACGAUUGUGAUCUUAGUAUCCGUCAUAAUCCAGCAUCGACUGUCAACGGGACGAAUGAUGAUAUAAAAGGAUUCGGUGUAGUCGGACAAAUUCUACGUUCUCACAUUAUGCACGAUGAGAAUGCCCCAGCAGUCGUUAAUGAGUUUAAUGAGUUAAUGUUAAAAUGUUCUGAGGCCAGUCAUGAGAGACCUGUGACGGCUAAAUUUGUUCAGCAAAAAUUGAAGUUUAUGUUGGACAUGUUGUGA